UCUGUUUUUCCAGUAGUGUUAUGGCUGCAUUCCCAUCUAUCAUCAUGUCUAUAUCAACUUUUCCAUGACCGUCAGCAGCGGAAACCAAACUCAUGCCAUUGUUGAUUUCCUAUUCAGUGAUAUAAAUCGAAGGAAAUCGGGAUGGCCCAGAAGACGGUCCAAUUUAGCAUCGAUCUGGUGGAAGCUGCCCUUGAACACAGACAGUUCUUACAGCUCGUUGAUGACCAUCCACGCCUGUAUGCUGGACCACACGUUCGGAAUGCAAUCAGGAGAUAUGAACUGUUCUGGUUGCCACUGCUUGUUCAGUCGUCCGUCACUGAGGACAUCGCAGCACCUCUCGACAUUGCCUGGGUGUGGCAUGUACACAUGUUGUCGCCCAUCAGCUACGAAAAGGACUGCAUUGAAGUUGUCUCAACGCUGGUGGAUCAUAAGAUCCUAGUCGGAGAACAACGUAUAAGAGGACUCAAAAGAGCCAGGAUCUUAUGGAAGAAGUUUUAUCCUAGCGAACCUUUUGAAGUUGACCUGACGACUUAUAUUGGUCAUGUGCCUGAUUUUGAGUCGCGAAUUGAGUAUGACAUCACAGCGGCCUGCGGUCGGCAGAGGGUAUUUUACUAUCAGGUCUCUUUACCUCAUUAUGGAGACAAGAAGUUCUUGACUAGAGCAUUGGAGAGAUACAAACAGCACCUUGUGCUCAAACAACAAAAUCCAGAUCUGUUCUUUGUACCAUGCUACGACUUUGACCUCAUUUGGCAUGCGCAUCAGGUACAUCCGCUGAUAUACCAGAAGGACACCACUGAAAUCCUAGGAAAGGUGCUUAACCACAAUGAUUCUGUGAACGACCGCCGGCCUGGCUCAAAGCUAUCAACGUCUUAUGAAACAACGCGACAGAAAUGGAAAGAAAUUGGUCAGGAAUUUGCGGUGAGGGGCGCCAUGUUCCGUGGGGAGCCUCCGCUCUCAACUAGUACCCAAGCUGAAGUGGUGGAGUACACUGGACUGAAAGCACUUGAGUACACCGUGAAGCUGACUCGUCUAGAAGUUGAAGGCCUCCCAGAAUCUAAAUCGUACACAGUAAGAAUCUAUGUCGUAAAUGGCAAACAAGUUCUUGAGACGCGUUUUCGUGGACCAACUGCCAGUCUGACAAAUUCUAACAAUGUGCUAUCGACGUUCAAGUUUAAAACAAAGGAUAGCAACAGCCUUCGGGUUCGUAUUUUCCAACAAGGACGUUGCUCCUGCGUUACGCCGUCAUUCGAUGAAUCUGCCGACUACCUGUUUCUAAACUAUCUUGUUGGCCGAGACCCCUACAACAGCGCCGUGGAGCUUGAACCUGUAACCCACGAGUUAGCGAUUGCUGAAAAUGUCAUCGUUCGGUUUACUACCGUGGCUAAUCCGCCUAGACUUGAUAAGUACCACUUCACGGUGAAACCAAAGAAGAAUUUCAACACGGUACAGCAUCCAGCCCAGAUCUUGAGCUCGCCGACGCUAAUAUUAUCUCCGCUGUCUCUAGCUCAGUCUUCAGCACCAUGCGCAUCGUCUGUGCAUUGGUUAUUCGACUAUGGCAAAAACGAAGCGUUCACCUGCCGAGUUAUGCACUCCGCUCAGCUGCUGUUCUCUUCUGUGGAGGUUAUCGACCAUGCCGGGCGCGUUGUAAGCACCGCUCAUCUCAUCCGGGGAGACGUUCUUCCAGCGAGAGAGCAAGUAAACAAUCCAGAGAAAUGUUGCACCAUGGAUGAGAUGGCGGGAGAAAGAGCAAUCUUUAUAAGAGGGAGCCAAGACUGGGGUAUCUGCGUUGGCAAAUGGGUGGGGUUUGUUAAGGGUGUUCGUGGUGUGCCUGGGGUAAAGGGAACUCCCGAUAAGCCGGGUGUCAAGGGAACUCCCGGCAAAAAGAGCCAACCUGGACGUCUGUCCAUAAAGUUCUUCUCUCUUUUUGGAACGCGUGAGUGGAAACCCGUAGAGAAACGAGGAGACAAGUUCUCGAUAGGCCUUCUGGGAGAGAAGAAAACCGUCGACGUUGACCUGCGAACUGGCAUGAUUUUAUGUCAGUCAGAGGCGCAUGACGUACCGAAAACAAUUGCACUUGGAUUUUCGAUAGCUAUUCUUCAUCUUUUAUGCCAGCCAUAUUCCACGACAGUAAAGGCCAACUACAUGAAACCAUGGUUUGCUGGAUCAGGCGAGGGCAGCGCACAGCGCAGCAUCCGCAGCCAGGACCUCAUGCUUGUUGUAGCAACAGGGUUCUAUGCCAAUAAUGUACCGACCAACUGUUACGUCAAGUUUGAAACUGGGGGAGGUGCCUGCGGUGGUUGUGGUGGAUGUGGGGGUUGUGGGGGUUGCGGUGGUUGUGGUGGAUGUGGUGGAUGUGGUAGUUGUGGUGGAUGUGGCGGUUGUGGUUGCGGGGGAUGCGGAGAUUGAAACAGACACUGUCAAAAUAUCAAAAUCAGCAGGACGUUAAGUUGUUAUCAUUACAUAAUAGGGCUGAUAGUAAGAUCUUCAUGACUAAGUCAGGUACAGCCGAUCUUAACUCAUUACAGAGUAUAAAAUAGAAAAGUUCUGUUAUUAUAGACGCCCACACAAUUUUAGUAUUAAUAGCGCAAUGCAAAAAAUAUAGUACCAGUCUCAGUGUAGACAAGACACACUUUGAAAACGGGGCUUUUCGAAAACGAUGACAUUAACAUAAUAAUGUGAUUUCUUUGCCCUAGUUUUCCUCAAAUAAAAAUCCAAAAUGACCGAUGAUUGUUGCGUUUUCACAUUUCUCGGGCGUAAUGUUUUAAUUGACGGAAAACGAUUUGAUGCAUUUUCAGAAGUAAUGUGGAGGGGGCCUAAGAAACUAGUAGGGCUCUGGAUAAUCUUAAAAAUAGGUACGCAGUACGUACAUGGUCGGACAUGCAAUACUUGCAUAUUAGCUUAUUUAGGAUGCGUUUUGUAGUUACCCUUCUCCAUUUUAUUGGAGACAUGAACAAUGGGUAUAAAAACAUACAACGCAUAAAUUAUAUUUGCCAGCUGGGAGGUCCGUAUAGUGAAAACCUGUGACCGACGUCUUGAAAAUGCCCGAGGUCACAAUUCUUCACUGUACGUACCGACCCCAAGUCGGCAAAUAACAUGCUUAUUUUUUCCUGUGGUAAAUUGGCUUACAAGUGGGUUUGUUUAUGCAACUGUGUAUAUCCGAAUCGGCUUACGUGCCGUCUACAUAUAGCAUUCGUAAAAAUCUUCGCAACGACUAACUUAGAUACUAGGCACAAAUGUUUAGUGCAGUUAGUUCACCACUUAAGUUCUACAAAAUCAUUUUUCCGGUUGAAAUUUUCUGCAGAGUUUGAAGUUGUACUAACAAAACAAUUUCUGUCAGUCGUUGCGAAUCACUUGAAAUCAGGCUUUUACACAGUAAAUUAAAUAGCUGGAAGCGAGGAAAUACAUUAAGGGUAUUCCAUGGAAACUCUCUUCAAUACAGUAACAAUCAAACUCGA